AUGUAUCACAUCGACAUGAACAGCCCGCCAACUGCAAGUAUUCGGGCAGAUCCCGAGAGCCCUGCAUUACCUUCCGCUGCACUGGGCGCAACUCGCGGGGCUCGACAGAAUGCGUACGAAGCAGAGCCACUGCAAGAUUCUGAUCACGAGAGGGUCAUCAUUGCGUCUUGGGGUCGAUACCAGACAUUGAAUCAGAUGCGCGCUUCGCCAUACUACGUCUGCAUCCGACUACCCAUAUCCUCAGGCACCAUGUUCGCACCUCCUCUGUUCCCAGAGCCUUCACCAAGUCGUGAAAAUGCUAUGCCGGAACAGUAUGUGACCCUCCACGCUGUUCAUCCGGUACCAACGCGAUACCUACGGAGCCUCGCGCAAGAUCAGUUGGAGUUCCUCUUCGGCUACUGGACUGAGAAGAGGAUUCAGCCUGAUGGUGAGCUCGCUAGACGGAUGUGUGAGACGGUGGAGGCUAUUGGACAGAUCAUGCACGAGGGGGAGGAUGUAUUCAUGUGA